AUGGACAACUUGGAUUUCCUACGAAAGGGUUAAGUGAAAUAUUGUAGAGCUUGCUGCCCAGCUCUGAAGAAGCUGGGCGUAGGAGAAAAUGAUAAGAACAGCACAAGGACACGGAGCUAGGGAAAAGAAAACACGGGACUGUCCCAAGGCCUGGGGAAUUUCCAGAUGUGCCUUAUGUAAGAUGUUUUCUAUUCUUGAGUACUAUAAAAGAGAACAGUAAAGUCAAUAAAGUUGCUCGGUCUUAACUGGGAGCCCUCUCGUCUCUUUUCAAUCCCUGCGCCCCGUUUCAAGUUUUCUACAGUUUGCCUCGGCAGGACCGCGGCAGACUGGCACCCGAACAGGGACCUGAAUAUCGGGGAGAACGUGAAGGACGCCGCGCGGUGCCCGGGAAAUAGAGGGAAACUAAAGUCUUCAGGGAUUAUUGAAUUGCUGAGGAAUUGGGAAAAGACAAGCUGAAAUUCUCAUUCCAUGGAUCCCUUGGGUGCACCUUCCCAGUUUGUGGAUGUGGAUACUCUGCUAAGCUGGGGUGACUCAUGUGAAGAUGAAUUAAAUUCUUCUGAAACUACAGCUGAAACAUUUCAGGAAGAUAUUAUUAGAUCACCUUUUCUUUAUAAUAAAGUUAUCAAUGGAAAAGUGGUUCUUUGGAAAGGUGAUGUGGCAUUAUUGAACUGUACAGCCAUUGUGAAUACCAGCAAUGAAAACCUCACAGAUAAGAACCCUGUGUCAGAAAGUAUCUUCAUGCUUGCGGGGCCUGAUCUGAAGGAGGACCUACAGAAGCUGAAAGGUUGCCGAACAGGCGAAGCAAAAUUGACGAAAGGAUUUAAUCUAGCUGCUCGGUUCAUCAUUCACACAGUGGGGCCAAAGUACAAGAGCCGCUAUCGCACGGCAGCUGAGAGUUCCCUGUAUAGCUGCUACAGAAAUGUACUUCAGCUAGCAAAAGAGCAGUCAGUGUCUUCUGUUGGAUUCUGUGUCAUCAAUUCUGCAAAGCGAGGUUAUCCCUUAGAGGAUGCAACACACAUAGCACUCCGUACUGUGAGGAGAUUCCUAGAGAUUCAUGGGCAUACCAUUGAAAAAGUAGUAUUUGCUGUCUCUGAACUUGAAGAGGCAACUUACCAAAAGCUGCUACCUCUAUACUUCCCAAGGUCAUUAAAGGAGGAGACUCUAUCAUUGCCGUACCUACCUGCAGACAUUGGAAAUGCCGAAGGGGAGCCUGUGGUGCCUGAACGGCAGAUCAGAAUAAGUGAAAAACCUGGUGCUCCAGAGGACAACCAAGAAGAAGAGGAUGAAGGCUUGAGAGAUGAUCUGUCUUUCAUUGGCUCUCAUGCCUUUGCUCGAAUGGAAGGAGAUAUUGAUAAACAAAGAAAACUAAUCCUUCAGGGACAAUUAUCUGAGGCAGCCCUGCAGAAGCAGCAUCAAAGAAAUUAUAAUCGGUGGUUAUGUCAAGCAAGAUCUGAAGAUCUGUCUGAUAUUGCAUCUCUGAAAGCUUUAUACCAAACAGGUGUGGAUAACUGUGGCCGCACAGUGAUGGUAGUAGUUGGAAGAAACAUUCCUGUAACACUGAUAGAUAUGGAUAAGGCUCUCUUAUAUUUUAUCCAUGUAAUGGAUCACAUUGCUGUGAAGGAAUAUGUAUUAGUGUAUUUUCACACACUGACCAGCGAAUACAAUCAUCUGGACUCUGACUUCCUGAAGAAACUCUAUGAUGUUGUUGAUGUCAAGUACAAGAGGAAUUUGAAAGCUGUUUAUUUUGUUCAUCCAACAUUUCGUUCAAAGGUAUCAACAUGGUUUUUCACCACCUUUUCUGUCUCAGGACUGAAGGACAAAAUUCACCACGUGGAUAGUCUGCACCAGCUGUUUUCUGCCAUAUCACCAGAGCAGAUCGACUUUCCUCCUUUUGUCCUUGAAUAUGAUGCCAGGGAAAAUGGGCCUUACUAUACAUCUUAUCUUCCAUCACCAGAUUUGUGACCUACCAUCUUCCAGCGCUUCUUGGUUCCAAGGAUGCCACUUCAGCCAUGAAUCGCUGCCUAUUGAAGUGAUGUUCAUUUUUGCUGUACAGAUCCAGAGAGCCUUUUGUCCCCACCUCUCUGGUAUUUUUUUAUUGACUAUAUAUUUUGUGGCACAUAAGCAAUCUAAAACUGGUAGGCCAUUCUGAACUGCACAUUUUAAAUUUGUAUAUUUGUAUCAAAUGGAACGUUCAUUUGUAGAAUGUUGUUAAUAGAAAUCAGGGGGCAACUUCUGAGUAUCUUCAGUUUCCUGAAGGACCCUGGCUUCUCCAUCAUACAAGUCACCAACACUGUUCACUUCAUUUCCUAAACAUUGCACGCUUCCUUCGUAUAUUUAAGUGUUUCUUGAAAUAUAUAGAACCAAUGGAUGCUGACCAGAUGCAUUGUUUAUUUCAGAUCCUGAUGUCAUACCAUGUACAUCUUAUAUAGGUAAUCUGCUUAUAAAAGAAUGUGGAAUUCUGUCUGAUCAAAACCAUAAAACUCAUUAGCAAAAUAUAGGGAUUGCAGUUUUACUGCAUAAGUUAAGACUGUGACUGAAGUACUGAGCUUCCUUGGGUUACACAGUUCAUUAAGAUCACCACUGUUUUGAUCUCAACAGUGUGGAGAAACAAAAUGACUGUAUUUUCAACCCUUUUCCAAUAACCAUGGGUGAGUUGGUCCCUGAUUAAAAGGAGUGCACAUACUAGUGAAGAGAAUUUCCAAAGACUCCAUCACUGAGCCCCUGGAAAGUGUGCUGCCUUCCCAGUGUCAUGAGUGGUCUUGUUCAGCUCAUCAUCUCUUAAGUUGCCUACAUCAGUACAGAGGAAGUAUGUUAAGUGGACAAAUCCAUGGACCUGGUAAUUGGCUUUUAUCCAGACCAUUUUUGCCACUUGAGCUUGAUUUGUCCCUUAGCUUGUUUAUGAGUAAAAAGUGGAAUUAUGUUACCUACUUCACAGAGGUAUCAUGAAGAUAGCAUUUAGAAUGAAGAUGGCAUUUAAAAAGAACUUGCCUGUCUUUGGAUGAAAACUGCUGAAGGAGUUUGUGUAGUGGAGUGUCUUCAUUUAAUUUUUAAAUGGGAAUAUGUGAGGGAAUGCUACAAGGCACUCCUUAUGUCCUUGCCACCUUUUGAGUAGCCUUCCCCCAAAACUUUCAAGGGGACCAAUAGCUAUAGUGCAAAAUCCCAACCGUGAAGACCUACUUUCUGUUUUGUUGAGAAUUUCUUCUAGCCUGCUUCUCUGUCAGUGCUGCACUUUAACAAGAAGGACAUCUGUUAUCCAUUGUAAAAAUUUCUUCUUGAAUUAAGGUAGAACCAUUAUCAUUUCCAUCUGGGUGUCCUCAUACUCUUUUGACUCCUACACCCACCCACUUCUGUCUUCCUCACCCCAUGAUGUACAUUUGCAGUUAAGAGAAGAAAAAGGACCUUUAUGUUCUAAUGUCCUCAAUAUUGAUGUUUCCAGGGAUCCCAUUCCCGUCUGCUCCAACUAGUUCUUUCAUGGAGAUAAAGGAAACAGACUCUUCAUUUAUAAUAGGGAAAGCAGUGUCAAUCCCAUCCUGUAUGUUCCCAUAUAAACAAGAAAGGACUUCACAUUUCUCAAAUAUGCAUUCUGACCUUUCGUGUGGACACAUUUCAUUUGUGUCCGUGCAACACCACUUGUUCUUCAUGUAUACUAAUAUGUUGAAUUCCUGCUACGUUCCCUAGGUCGUCAAGUCCAGGCAGCCAGUCAGGUCAGGUGCUAAGCUGCUUUUCAAAGAGUACUCCUUCAACCCCUUGAGCCUUAAAAAUCUGGGACUUUAACUUCACCUUGUAUAGUCAACUGUUGGUCCAUAUCUGAGGUAUCAUUUUCACUAGAAAUAGCUAUAAAAAUAGGCCAACUUUUCUCUUUUAAAGCUGUACUUGCUACCUGACAUUGACAUCUGGCCUGAACCAUUGCUGCUAUAAAUAAUAGAGACUGCAAAUUACUUUGCCAUCUGGAAGAGAAGUAAAUUUAUAUACAGUAUAUAGUUUCUUACAGGCAAUAAUUCUGAAGAAUAUUAGUUUGCUUUAUUCAAGCCAAUAUAUUAAUGCUUAUAACACAAGCAGCAUUUCUACAUAUGCUGAGAUUCUAGUACAAUUGAUGUGCUGGGGUGUAAAGGUCGCAUGGGACUGUAUGCUUAUCAACUGGAUAUCAUAAUUUAAUGAUGAGUAAAGAAUGUAAGGACCACUCUUCUCAUUGGAACUAAAUAUGGUAUGGGACAAAGUUCAUGUUUUUAUAGUUGUCCAAAGUGUUACACAGUGCAGUUGUUUUCUAGAGAGAAAACGUAAUGACCUUGAUAUUGAAAUGAUUAAGUACAUUUGGUGUAUAUGUGCCUUUGUCCGGAGGUUUGAUAGCCUGCAUCACACAUGCCAUUUUCAAGGAUAUAUAGAGGAUAAGGGGUGACAGGCUGGAGAUGACUGUUACCAUCUGAUAUUAAUCUAAAGCACCAGAAAGUCCUUCUUCAGUUAAACUUUAAUCAUGCCAAAUGUAAUUGAAUUGCUGAAAAUAUAGCUUACAAGACAUUAAUUUGUUAAUUCAUGUAAGGCAUAAUAGAAUUUUUCAAACAAAAACA